AUGCAUUUUUUGUUGACAUGUUUUCAGUUUAUACAAAUAUAUAAGGAUGCAGCGUAGGUGUGAAUGACUGAUGUCAUUAGACAAUUGAGUAUCUUCAGUAAUUACAUCCUCAGCAAAAAAAAUUAACUUCUAAAAUGGGAAAACCUGAUGCUUGGAAACAAUCCAAGAAAUCCCUUAGAGAUGAAGAGUUUUUGGAAACAUAUGAACGCAUUCAAGAAAAAAAGUUAUUUUGUAAAAUUUGUGAAAAAUCUUUUUCAACACCAAGUUCAUACAACCGCCACAUUCGAGUCCAUACUGGUGAAAAACCCUAUACUUGUGAAGAAUGCGGAAAAAGUUUCCGACAGACAGGUAAUUUGCAGGUACAUAUGCAAGUUCAUACUGGAGAAAAGCCAUACAAUUGUGAAUAUUGCGAUAAGCGCUUUGUUCGCAAAGAUUACUUACAGACGCAUGAAAAAAUUCAUAACGGAGAAAAACCAUACUCUUGUAAACAUUGUGGAAAGUGCCUCACAAGCAAAUCCAGUUUACAGGGGCAUGAAAUGAGCCAUACAGGAGAGAAACCUUUUGCUUGUAAAGAAUGUCAGAAGUCAUUUAACAGUAAAUCUGGUUUGCAGAAUCAUAUUCGCAUCCACACUGGAGAUAAACCAUAUACAUGUAUACAUUGCGGAAAAUCCUUUUACUUAUUGAGUACUUUAAAACGGCAUGUACGAAUCCACAGUGGAGAAAAACCAUAUGCUUGUAAACAUUGUGACAAGCGCUUCGCGAGCCAAGCUGGUUUGAAGAAGCAUGAAAUGAACCACAUAGGAUGGAAACCUUUUAUUUGUAACAAAUGUCAAAAGUCUUUUAGUUCUGAAAUAAGUUUGCAAUGUCAUCUUCGAACUCACCCUGGAGAAAAAACAUACACAUGUAAACAUUGUGAAAAAUGCUUCUACUCUGUACCUGCUUUCAAACAACAUGUUCGAAUUCAUAGCGCAGCAAGAUCGUAUAUUUGUAAACAUUGUGGCAAGGGUUUCAAGAGCAAUGGCAGUCUGCAGAAGCAUGAAAUUAUCCAUACAGAAAAGAAACUAUUUGUUUGUGGAAUAUGUCAGAAGUCCUUAAGUUCCAAAAUCAAUUUGCAAAGACAUAUUCGUACUCAUACUGGAGAAAAACCAUACACUUGUGAACAUUGUCAUAAAAGAUUUUGUAACCUGCGGAGCCAUACUGGAGAAAAGCCAUAUACUUGUCAACAAUGUGGAAAGUGUUUUUCGCACCAUUCCAACUUGAAAAGUCAUAUUCAGUCGCAUGCUGGGAAAAAAGCAUACGCUUGCAAAUAUUGUGAAAAGUGUUUUUCAACAAAUUAUAGCUUAAAUACCCACAUUCGAAUACAUACUGGAGAAAAUCCAUAUACAUGUCAACAAUGUGGAAAGUGUUUUUCGUGGAGUUUCAAUUUGAAAAGACAUAGUCGAACUCACACGUCUAAAUGACUGAAACUUUUAUGAUAUUUGAGAGUCAUCGCCAUUAAUUUCUGAGUUUGUUUUUCUAAUUUAUUUUAUCAUGCCAGAGUGCGUUUAUUAAAGUUUAAUCAAGUAAUCUCGCACCAGAAUUUAAAAUGAAUAUUUUUGCCGUUGGUUACAGCUAAUCCAUUGUUUUUACAUACAUUUCCCAUUCAUUAAAGUUGUAACCGAGAAUUUGAUUAACAAGAGAUAAAAAUGGA